AUGCAUUGCAGUGACGCGACAGAUGGAAACGACGGUGUCGACAGCGAAAAACGACGAAAGCCGAAGCUGCACGGUAAUAGUGACACACACUGCACGCGGAAUACACUGGAUCAAGUGCGUCGUCGUCGGUUCCUCCAGAAGUUCUCGCCACAAACAACCACGCGAUGGAAAGCCCGCGUCACGCCGCCUGAAACCACAUUCAACACCCUGUUGAUACCGUCGAAUGAAGGCAGUCUCUCCAGGAACUCUUGUCUGGCUCUGCUGUCGUCGGACGAGUCGUUCUUCGGGGUUCGUCGUUCUCGCGAAGCCUCGCCGUCAUCAUCUUCCUCCUCGAACACCUUUCCACAACGCGAAAAAAACAAAAUAAUCCAACAUCAACCUGAUGGGUAUAAACAAGGCUCAUGGGUUCUGACCUGGUCAUCAUCCUGUCUGGCCAGGGCCUCUUCUUGGGCCUUCUCCACCAGGGCCCUGACAAACACCUCAGCCUUUUCCCUGAGCACAGGGUCAGCCAGCAGCAAGUCCCUCAACUUCUCCCUGGCCAACUCAAAGUGCUCAUUGGACACCUGGUCUUCUGACCAGUUGAGGUUAGGCACCAACUCUGGCACAUCAUCCUCUUCAUCCUCCUCCACAUCCAGGCUGUGCUUGCCUGCCAACAGCUCCCUGGGUGGCGCUGCAGCUAUGCCCUCACCCGAAGGAGGCUCGGCGCGAACUGCCGCUGGCUCGUCCACCAGCACGAACGUGAUUCGCUUGCGGAGUUUUGGCCGCCCUGCGCCCGCGGGCAACAGGCAUGUGGGCGGCGGGGUGCGGGGGGAUUCAAUACUGCCGCCACCACCACCACCACCGGCACCUACAAUGACGGUGGUGGUGGACGCCGGCAGGGACUGUUGCUUCACCAGCCUGCGUUUCCCCUGUGCCUGUCCGUCUUCCGCUUCAAUAAACGCGAGCCAGCGGAAAACUCAAAGAGCGCUGUUCAAGUUUUACCAUCAGCAGACACUUCACGCGUGUCCCGAACAGGUGUGUCUUGGAACCGCAGUUGAGGAGGCGCGCGUCUCGCUGGCAUCAUUGCGACCUCUGUCCUCGGCUCGAUUGAAACGCGCGGAAUUCGCCAAACUCGCGGAUAUUGGGAUCAAAUUACAUGCUAAGCAGACAACAAAGCAGCAGCAGCAGGAGAGAAAAGGGAACAUAUGUGAUAAAGCCUCAAGCUAUAAGAAGAAGAAAAGGAAUCUUGUGCAACAGGAAGUUCCUUGGUCACCAUUUUCCCCUCUGAAAGGCAAAGGUGUUCCUGUGUGUGCUGUGGGGGAUAAAGAGAUGGGAGAACAAGCAGUUGUGCAUAAACCCUUCAUCCUCAACAAGCAGCACAGCACUGACCUGUGUGCAAAGGCAGGCAGACAAGGUCCCUUCAUGAAAAACUGCGAAAAGUUGGUCUUGCUAUUUCUAGUGUCUGUGCUGCUGGUGAGAGCUCAAGAAACUGAUUUAUUUGCUGACUCGACAUUGCGCGACACCUAA